CCUCUGCCGGCCGCAGGGUCCGUCCCUUACCUCUCCGUUCAUGGAGCCCACGUUGCCGCUGCCUCCGCUGGCAGGUGCUAGGAAGCCGGCAGGUGUCGGAGCUCCGGCACAACCGAGGGCCGACGGAAGGCCGGCCUUGCCGACGCCGUUGCUGCUAUUGCAGACAGUACUGCAGCUACUGCCACCGCCCCGCUUGUUCUUCCUGCGUUUAGCCCCUCGUUUAGCAUCGGUUGGACUCAUUUUGGUUUUGUUUCUAAAUCCGAGACAACGUGCCGUCCAAGCUUGGAGGGAGGCUGGGAAGUGGAGGUUAUCAAGUGGAAUAUGUCGGGUUUUUUUCUUAUGCACGGAGGCGAUUUUAAAGAAGACCAGCCAAAGUGCAGAAGCCGACUUGACUGAGCAAUAUGGCUGCCGGCUGUUGCUGCCUCCACUUGGCUUCGGCUUGCGUAAUGACGUCAUCGUACGUCCGGAACCAUUGAGGGUUAUGGGUAAUGAAGUUCUUUGCAAGGUGCCGCGUUGAACCGCAUCAAAACUUGGAACAGGUCGCCGAUUUGUAACCAGUUGUGACGGAAUAGCUCACACGUAUGCGUCGGUGUUCAGCGUUGUUGGAAGAAACGCUGAAAUAGAUACAUCGAGGACCACCGGAGGACAAAGUUGGGAGCGACUAAUAGUGACGGGCUGACAGCAGGGGGAGAGCGUACUCAACAGAUGAUGUCAAGCUAAGGGCCCGCUGUCGUGGAUCACUUUUUCCGGGGUCUAAACGCCGACCUGAGCAGACCGGAGAAGAGAGGCACUUUCUACGCUAAAUCCAUUCAAUCUAUGCGGAUUUAGCGUUAAAAGCCAGCAACUGCUGCUACACCCACGAAGGACCCCUGGUUUGCCGUUUCCGACUAUCGGCUAAAAAGUUAUCCGCAAACAGGCAUGUCUGAGAGUAGUGGUGACACAGACUCGGGGAAGAUGUCAGCGGAGGAGUCUCAGGAGACGGGCUGUCACGGGUCCGAGGAGAGUUUGAACGGUGGCUCGCCGCAGCCAAGUGUUGAGGAUAGCAAGGAUAGCGCGUCUGGGGACGACAGGGACAACACGCUGUAUGAAAUUGACAUUGACGGCGCGGAGGAAAUGUCGGUAGGCAGCGGCGAGGAUGUUGAGGGUGUAGAGAAGGAUGAAGGCGAGGCUGUGGGAACCGUGGACACGGCCGAGGAAGGCGGAGAUGAUGCCGCUGGGGCAAAGGAGAACGCCAUGGCUCAGGAACCCCAGAUGAGCUCAGCCGCAGCAGAGAUCGCCGUCACCAGCAAUGGCGACCUGGAUCAGAGCCCGGCGAGUGUGUUCCGUAGGGACUCUUUCCCUGGGGAGUCGGGGGUGGCAGACAUUCCAGAGUCUUGCGUUCCUUCCAGCAACUUUGUUUCAACGACAGAAGGCAUUAUCGAAUCAGGACCAUACAAAGGGUCCAUGAGCCUCCCUGCGUCCCCCGUGACACCCAUAGCCCCCAGCUCGGCUGUUGCCGGCCGCCUGGCGCGCUCUUCCAGCGAAAGUCAGGCGUACACAGGCGCUCCGAAUACGCAGCCAAGCAGCGGAGCGUUGGUCCUGUCGGAUGACAUCAAGAACCCGGCCAUGGAGAAACUGGACCUGGUCAGAAAGUGGAGCAUCAACACGUAUAAAUGCACCAGGCAGAUUCUGUCUGAGAGGCUGGGCCGCGGCUCGAAAACCGUAGACCUGGAGCUGGAGACCCAGAUCGAAGUCCUCCGGGAGAACAAGAGGAAGUACCAGAACGUGAUCAAGCUGGCCCAGACGCUGGCUGCUCAGCUGUCGCAGGUCAUGCAGACGCAGAGGCAGCUUGGCGACGCCUUUGCCGACCUCAGUCUCAAGUCACCGGAACUUCACGAGGAGUUUGGGUACAACGCUGAUACUCAAAAGCUUUUGUCCAAAAACGGGGAGACUCUGCUGGGCGCCAUCAACUUCUUCAUCUCCAGUGUGAACACGCUGGUCGACAAAACCAUUGAGGACACCAUGAUCAACAUCAAACAAUACGAAAUUGCGAGGGUGGAAUACGACGCGUAUCGCACGGACUUGGAGGAGCUCAAUCUGGGACCGCGCGACACCACCACCAUGCCCAAGAUCGAGCAGUCGCAGCAGGUGUUCCAGAUCUACCGCGAGAAGUACGAGAGGAUGCGAAAUGACGUCUCUGUCAAGCUCAAGUUCCUGGAAGAGAACAAGGUGAAGGUAUUGCACAACCAGCUGAUCCUGUUCCACAACGCCAUCGCCGCCUACUACUCUGGCAACCAGCAGCAGCUGGAACAAACGCUCCAGCAGUUCCACAUCAAGUUGAAAAUGCCCGGUGCGGAGCAGCCAUCUUGGCUGGAGGAGCACUGAGACCAGCAUUUGUCAACCUAGAACUAAAACCCCAGGGACAACCCCUCCCCUGAACGCUCCUGUCGUGAUGGCCUUUCAAACGUUGACAAUUGUAAUUCUUUCCAAGGACGGAUUUCUUGGGGAGGGGCACUAUAAAUUGAUAUUUUCACUACUACAAUCAUAGGAAAUGCACUUUGAUGCUGUUUUGACAAAUCCAUCGAACGGCAGUUGCUGCAGUAAAAAACAGAAAAAGACAAACUGCCUUUUUGUAACGCAGCAUUAUGAAUGUUGUCGCCCGGCCAGGCGGACAGGUUGGCUCUGGAUCCAAAUAUUUCUCGUUUUUGACUUUCAUAACAUUCCACACAAUUCUCUUCUCAACCUUGACCUACUGUAGCUCUCCUAGUGUUCGAUAGGAAAACCGUCAUUCCGAUUGAUGCUCCAUUUUUACGUCAAGACACUGAGGAAAGUGAGUUAUUUUGAGGAAAAUGACCGUCGUUUACGUUUAAGACACCGUCGUGUCUUUGAAUUUGUUGGGGGAAAACGUUUGUAUAAAAACGAAACAAGUUUUGUAA